CGAACGUAGAGUCGGAAGAAAAUCAUGGCGAGUCGGAAAACAAACGACGAGUCGUGUCGUCAAUCGUCCCUGCCAAAACGCCACUUGUGGCCCUCGUCCGAUGAUGAGGAAAAGACGGAAUCCGUCGCUUGUUGCGGUUCGUCGUGCAGACAUCCUCCGACGCCAACGGACAACGCCGUCCUCUUGUCUUCUUGUUCGUCAUCCGACGAAGAAAAAUUGACCAGCUCUCAUUCCCGGCACCCGUGCAAUCGGCGGCUCAGAAAACCCAAGCAGGCAACAGAUUUGGACGCGUUGCAUCGUGACAAUAAUUCCUUCAGUUUCAAGGACUUUUUGAAGAACGGCAUGCAACAAACAAAUUAUCACAAUACAGGGGCUAGGCCCAAAGUUUACUCAUCCCCUGUGUCAAAUACAAACAACGACAGGGACAGUAUCAGCGGAAACAUUUAUUCCAAUCGCAAUCCGACAGAGCUGCCAGAUUUUGUGCAAGAUCAUCUGGUCAUAGAGCAGUGUUAUCUGAAUCAAGAGACUGCUCAGCCUAUAUUGCCCGAUGUGGAUAAUCUACCCGACUUUGCAUUGAAUAGUAUGGAACAGAGAAGAAAAACAAGAAAAAGACAGUCCAGAAUGCAGAAUGAAAUCAAGGGAAAUAACUCCGAUUUGUGUGACAAGCUGAGAUCAGUCGACCUAACCGGUACGCUGAAUCAGGAUUUGUCGCACAGAGACAAUACCAUAUCGAAUAUAUCACAUUUGAAUCACUUGGAUUUGCCUACAUUUGAGAAUAGACUCGAUGAAGCCGGGGCUAUUCUUACUCCUCCUGAGAGCAGAGGAUUUCCAUUCGACUUACCAUUACCUGUUUCUCAAUCCAAUUCCAAUACAAAUGCGCAGAACGGUCUUCCAGGAAGUGACACAAGUGUGCACAAAUCUCUACCGGACUUUUUAAACGACGGUCCUAUACAUAAUAAAUCUACAGAUCCGGAACCUAUCGCGAACAUGACGGAGUCCGCGGAGAGAAGGCUUUUACUUGAAAAUGAAAGGUUACGUUAUCAAUUGGAUGUAGCCAGGAGAGAAAUUAAUGAAAAAACGGAAAAAAUUCGUUCGCUAGAAGCGGAACUGCUGUCUAAAAGGGAAAUUGUGCACGAAGAAACGGCGAAUCUGGAAAAAGCAAUGGAAGAAGUCGAGGAUAACUUGAAACAAAGUACUAAGCGAGCGGCCAAUGCCGAGUGUACUGUUAUGUCAUUAAAGAAAAAGAUAAAGACUUUAACGACAGAAAUAUCUUUGCUACGACUAGAAAACAUAGAACUUAGAGCUACUAUGGAAGUGGCUGACCAGAGAGAGAUAAACGCUAAUAUGAAUCGCACAGUCAGAAGACUCGCUCGCGAUUUAUUUGCAGCAGCAUCGUCGGCCGAGGUGUCUCUCAGACAAUUGAUGUCUGGCGUGGACAAUCUGAGAGUCCUUGCAUCGACCCUCGAAAACGUAGACAGGAUAGAAGACUGGACCAAAGACUUUUUACUCGAUUCCGACGAGGACAAUGCUGCUGGUCCUGCAGUAUAAUGAAGCUUAUAUAUAUAUAUAUAUAUACAUACAUACAUAUUUUUUUCUCUCUUUCUCUUUCUCCUUCCCCUACACACACACAUACGCCAAAAAUAUGCAACUUUUCUCGAUUAGAGAUAUAAUUUCCAGUAGUGCAAUUGUGUAUCUCCGGGAAGAAGAAAUAGCGAUCCUCUCUUCUCUCUCCCUCUGCACACCUUAAGGUCACAAAUUAUCUUUGAUUAAAAAACAAAGAUAUUAUCAGAGUCUUAGACACUUUUGCAAUAAUAAAAAUUUUGUUAGUUACAUAGUUAGUUACAUUUAACAACAACUUGAUUUAUCUGCUUUGCGAGAAAAACUGAUAAAUUAAUUGUUAAAAAAAUAUAUUUGUGAACAAGUGAACGUGCAUUAUCAUUAACGUAUUUACACGUGGAGAUAUAAGAGUUAAUUUGUGUGUGUGUGUGUGUACAUAUAUAUAUCAUAAAUCUAUUUAUAGCGAGGAAAGUUGUCUCACAUAUGUUGUAAACGUGUAUGUGUGUGUGUGUGACCUCAAAAUCAAUUUGCGAAAUUCGCACAUAUAUAUCCGUCUAUGCAAUCAAAUUAAUAUCGAUCCAUAUAACAGUCUAUUUUUCCAGAAAUUUCCCCGAGAACAUAAAAAAAAGUAAUCGAUAAUCAAUUGAUGAUGCAUGUUUUUUUUCUUUUCUUUUCUUUUUUUUUUAAAUCAAAGCGCACAAAUGGCAAAAGAGUUAAAUGUCUGCGGACUCUGUCGCGUGAUUUCGCAAAGUUUGGCAGACGUAAAGAAUGAUUGCUCGCGUUGAUUACCCAACACACGAUGUAGGUCAGAAUUAUAUUUUUUGACAAGGAAGAGAUCCAGGAUCUGUACAGCGUGUAUACAUAAGGCUUUAAAAUAGAUUUACAAAACACAACACAACACACAGAUAUAUAUAUAUAUAUAUACAUAUAUAUAUUUAAUCCGAUGUCCGUGAAUUUUCUCUCUACAAAUUUUUUAAUUUAACUUAUAGAUCACGUCAAUGUAUGAAAAUAUGUGUACACAAGGUAUAUCGAAAAAAAAAACAAUUAUCUCCUUUUAUCUUUUGAACUGAAAAUUUGUAAAAAAAAAAAAAAAAAAGGAUUGCCUAAGAUCCAGGAUGGAGCGAAUAAAAAGCACUCUCAAGAGUCGAAUGGCUGACACCAAGUGUAUCUGACACCCUAAACUCAUUAAAUCUGUCAUCUGUCGACUUUUGCAAUAACAAACAAAGAUAUUUUCAGUUAAGACGAGAGAGUCCAAAUCAACAAGAUCUAAAAAACAAUCUCUGAGCAACGAUAAAAAAAAUAAACCUCGUUUAAGUCUCUUUCUCUCUCUCUCUCUGUCUCUUUAAAGACACCUCCUUUUUCUAAAAACAAACUAUAUACACUUGUACUAAUGUACAAUUUUUUUUGAACGUCCCAUUUGCAAAUACACUGAUCAUAUUCAUCGAAGUUGGUUAUAUUGGAACAUCAACAGGAAGAUAUGCAUUACAUUUUUUAUAUACAUAUAUAAUGUGAAUAUCUCGAUAUAUAAUAAAUAGUCUAGCGCUAUUUUCGAGAUGAAAUUAAAAAUUUAUUUGUGAAUUAUUUCAUAAAUUAUAGAAGUCAUUUU